AGAUGACAUUCUGUAUAUCAAGUAUACAAAAGGUAUUGAAAGUAAUUUUAUUAAGGGCUAUGCGGAGGAGAUCCCUGAAAUACAAUUGCAACCUAGUUAUCGCCCCUGUUGGUACUUGCCCCACCAUGCGGUUAUAAACCCGAAAAAGCCAGAAAAACUGAGAGUGGUCCUUGACUGUGCCGCUAAGUUUGCGGGUGUUUCUCUAAAUGAUAUGAUUUAUCAAGGACCCGACACAACGGCUGAGUUAGUGUGUAUAUUAUUGCGUUUUCGCAAAGAAGCAAUCGCAGUCUCUGCGGAUGUUGAAGAAAUGUUCAUGCAAGUGAAGGUCCCUGAGUCUGAUCGAGGAGCCUUAAGAUUUCUGUGGUGGCAGGGGGGAGACAUGUCGAAAGAACCAUCCGAGUUUCAAAUGACAUCUCAUCCAUUUGGCGCCAUAUCAUCGCCGUUUUGCGCGAACUUUGCCUUGAAUAAGACGGCUCAAAUAUUCUCUGACGGUUAUGAUGGUUAUGUCGUAGAUGCUGUUAAGAAUAAUUUCUAUGUUGAUGACUGCUUGGUAUCUUUUCCCACUUGUGAUCAAGCAAAGAGUUUCGUCAAGCAGAUAAGUGAAUUAUUAUGUAGAGGUGGCUUCAAACUAAAGAAAUGGGUUACCAACUCAGAGGAGGUAAGGGCCAUCUUGCCUGAUGUAUGUAAAGAACAGUCCUUGAUAGAAAUGUCUACGGAUUACGACACUACUCAUCGAACCCUAGGUGUAGAAUGGGAUUUUAAACAAGAUGUAUUUAAGUUUUACUUUGAUGCACCGGAAAAACCUCUGACUAGGAGAGGUAUUUUAUCUAUAGUUUCUUCUCUGUUCGAUCCUCUGGGGCUGAUUGCUCCAGUCUGUCUUACUGCCAAACUUCUCUUGCAAAAAUUAUGUAGGUCCCAAAUAGGCUGGGAUCAGCCUCUCAACGAGCCAUACAUGUCCGCGUGGCUAGGCUGGGUAAGUUUUAUGCGUCAGAUAGGUCACGUCACGGUAGCUCGAGGUAUCAAGAGGAAAAUCGACGAACCCGACGCUAAAGUGGAAUUGCACUUGUUCAGUGAUGCUUCAGAGGUUGGUUACGGAGCAGUUGCGUACGCACGAGUCAGCUAUUUGAAGGAGCCACCAUAUUGUAUCUUGUUGUACAGCAAGUCUAGGGUAGCACCUAUCAGACAAGUCACUAUACCGAGACUUGAGAUGGCGGCAGCGGUGUUAAGUGUGAGGCUUAGUGAAGUAUUACGGAGAAGUCUGCCUAAUUUUUUCUGCGAAGUAAACUUCUAUACAGAUUCCAUGAUAGUGUUAUACUACAUUAAGAAUAUGGAGAACCGAUAUAGCACCUAUAUAGCCAACCGCCUCGCUGUGGUGCACCAGUAUACGAAGGUUGAACAAUGGAAUUAUGUAAAGUCGUCACAGAAUCCAGCUGAUUGGACAUCAAGAGGUAUACAAAAAAUGACUGAUCUGGAAUCUUGGUUCAAAUGUCCUACCUUACUGCAUGGCGAAUUCUGUACAACAAUCACUGACUGUCCGGAACCUACUCCUGACGAUAUUGAGUUUAGAAAAACUGCUGUGGUUAACUUGAGUAGUGUAAAGCACAACAUGUCACCUAUUCUCUCUUAUUACUCUGAGUGGUUGAAAUUAGUCAGGGCCAUAGCCUGGCUUAGAAGGUUCAUAGAAUUUCUGAUGGUGCUUCGUUCACCGAGUUAUGAAGGAUCCGUUCAUCUAGGGUAUUUAAAGGUCAAAGAACUUGACGUCGCCACGCGUAAAAUUUUGUUGAUGGUUCAGAAAGAAGUGUAUGGAGAAAUACUUAGUGGAUUUAAAACCAAUGGUAAAGUAGUUAGUCACAAUGAUCUGAAGGGCUUAUCACCGAUAAUGCUUGAUGGGUUACUCUGUGUUGGAGGCCGACUAAGCUACUCAGAUUUCUCAAAUGCCUUUAAACAUCCAAUAAUAUUGCCCAGUCGACACUUAGUGACAGAAAUGAUAAUUAGACAUUAUCAUAAGGAACAAGGGCACACAGGAACGUCACAAGUACUGGCCACGAUUCGAAAAAGGUAUUGGAUAAUAAAAGGAACCAGCACGGUUAGGAGAGUGAUAGGAAAGUGUGUGACAUGCCGGCGGUAUACGAUGGUUACAGGGCAACAAUUGAUGGCACCACUUCCAGCUUGUAGAGUGCAACAAGGAUGGUAUAGCUUCUCAGCCGUGGGAGUAGACUACUUUGGACCCCUUUUUGUCAAAAGAGGAAGAUCACUAGAAAAAAGAUAUGGAUGUGUAUUUACUUGCUUGCAAACCCGAGCAGUACAUAUUGAAAUGACACAUAGUUUGAAUACUGACUCGUUUAUAAUGGCCUUGCUACGUUUCAUUGGAAGAAGAGGGAAACCUGCCGAAAUUUACAGUGACAAUGGAUCAAAUUUCGUGGGUGCGGUCUCUGAAUUAAGGAGGUUUGUGCAACAGUUGAAUCAACAGAAAAUAGACAAAGAACUGUCAGCUAGACAAAUUCAAUGGCAUUUUAACCCGCCCUCAUCCAGCCACAGGGGUGGAGUUUGGGAAAGGAUGAUUAGGUCCAUACGCCGACUUUUAUUGUUGAUAACUAGAGAGCAGACUUUAACCGAUGAGACUUUAAACACUUAUUUGAUCGAGAUUGAAAGGAUAUUGAACGAUCGACCCUUAACUCCGGUCGUUCAAGAUGCUAACGAUAAACUAGCCUUGUCGCCAAAUAGUUUGUUAUUAUUGAGAGAAUGUGACGGAAUAGUCGAAGAAGGUAGCAUCAGAGAUAAAUAUGACAAACGUUGGAAACAGAUUAAUCAUCUUGCUAAUGUGUUUUGGAAAAGGUGGUUAAGAGAGUAUUUACCGUCCCUACAAAAGCGUCAAAAGUGGUUAGUUGAACACCGCAAUUUCCAGAAAGGGGAUGUAGUGAUCGUAGCUUCGGACAUAUCGACUCGUGGAAAAUGGCCCUUGGGCGUAGUUGAAGAUUGUGAAAUAGAUGACGACGGAAGAGUUAGAACAGUGGUUGUUCGUACGAACGGUGGAUUAGUCAGGAGAGAUAUACGUAGAUUAUGCCUCCUUGAAGGCUCGAAUUAGUUCCUCGUGUUAUCUAUAUAGGUAGGUCGAGUAGGCGUACUGUUGUAAGUCCUACUCGUUCCUAUAGUGUGAUAUGCUACAUAAUGAACCAUGACCAUAGGCAUCAAGGUAGCUUGUGUGAUAUGGAGGGAUUUUGGGGGCCGGUGUAAGAUCCAUUUUGAAUGCCUUGUGUGUUUAUGAAAAUCCCUCCAUGUAUGUACUUGCACUUUGUUCCUAUUGAUCUUCUUAGUUGUACAUUGUUAACUUUUGGACUACAUUUGAAUUGUUAAUAUUUGUAUUUUAUUAUAGUUUUCGUUUUUACCACACCUUCACUAAUUCCCCAUGUUUCUUCCCGAACUGCACUUAUGUUGUUUUACUUUAUACUAAGUCUGGGCGGCAGCCAUUUUGGUUUAUCCCUGCUUUUGAUUGCUUGACCUGUGUUGACUGGAAUUGUGCAUUUUGGUUGUGAAUUGAAGCACUCUUCCAGAAUUGAAAACACUCUGUGUUAUAGAGCGACCAAUUAUUACCUUUUGAACGAAUCUGUACGUGAUCUAUCCAGUCAGGAUAGAAUAACAUUUAUUUGUGGUGAUUGGUAAUUUUCUUGCAUUCUUUAUCAACUUUCUUAUUUAUUGUAGUUUAGAUUUGAUCAAUUAAACAAUUAUUGGUUGGAUAGCUGUGUGGUUAUAUUUGUUUAGGUAAUGAUGUAUACUUAAAUUUAUGAUAAAUUAUAGAACCGCUAUCUUACCCG